AUGUCUAUAAGGCCCAUGAAUUUUGCUGAAUUUCCGGAGACAUCUUUUGAAGAUUUGGAUACUACUUUAAAUAAGGUUUCGAAAGAAGAAAAUGAGAAUGGUAAUAAUAAUGGUAAUGUUAAGCAAUCUUCUCCGUUAAGACAGGCAUUUAUGAAUAAUACACCGUCGAUAACUGCUAGUUCAGAGGGGACUGUUUUUUCUAAUAUGCUUGAUAAAUAUUCUUCAGGGAGCAAAACUGAUGAUGAAGGACAGCAUAGGAUGCAAUUACAAGAGCAAGGACAAUUAGGACCGUUUGAAGAUGAUGAAGAAGAUUUCCUUAAUGAUUUUGAAGAAUUUCAAAAUAAGAAGGAUGAUUUUGAUGAAGCUUUAAAAUUACAUUUCCAAUUACGUGGUCAGAGUUCACCAAAUACAAAUAAGGAUGGAUUACAAUAUAGGACUGAUAAUGUUAUUGGUAAAUUAUCGGAUAGGUUUGAACGUAAUUUUAGUAUUUCAAAUCGGUUAAAACAACCAAGAUCGAUGAUGGAUAUAAAAUCAAAUGGUAGGUAUAAUCUUGCAAACAGCAGGUCGUCUGGGAGUUUAAGAGAACGUUCAAAUAAUGGCCUUAAAAAUAAAAAAUCGAUGCCGUUACUUUCAAGAUUUCAACCUACAAUUGAAGAAAUUGAUGAUAAUUCUACAGUUGAUAGUGAUGUCUAUGAUGAGGAGUCCCUUCCUAGAAAUGAUCGCUAUGAUCAAAGGAACGCACAAUUUUUAAACAAUUUUCAAGAAGAAGAUGAAUUGACAGAAGAUGAAGACUUUAAACUUGAUGAAGGUUUAAUAAAACCACAGUUUCUAAACUCUAGACGCCAAUCAGUGGUACCUAUGAGACUUUCGCCUUCUGAAUACGAUAUAGUUGCAGAUGAUACUCUAUUGACACCUAGAUUACAUAAAAGGAGUAAAGAUUGGAAUGGAAGAUCAAAAUUGAAUUCAUUCAAAGAAAGGAAAAUUAGAAAUUAUCCAAGCUUGUCUAAGAUAAAAACGAUAAAACAAGAAAUAGAUCACAAUACUCCUAUUAAAAAAGGUAGGAUGUAUUAUAAUCCUCAAACUAUGAUGUGGGAAGGUAAUGAAAAAAUAUUGGAGAAGUUUCAAUCUGUCGAUUCAAAUGAUAAAAAGCCAUUACUUAUUAGAACAAAAUCACAAUUAUCUCCUAAGAAUAAAGAUCUAAAACUUAGAAAAUCUACAACUCAGUUAACAAAUCCCAGCAGAGAAGAGUUUCGGAAUAGGCCGAGCGUCAAUAAUCCUAGAAUAGUGGGCAACAUGAUGUUUGAUGAUGUGAAUUUAAGAUGGGUUAGUACAAGCAGGGAAGAUGAAGAACAUGAUCCUUUUAAAAACAUUCCUGAAUUAAAAUCUCUAUCAUUAAAACAGGCAAGGUAUAAAUCGGCACCUUCUAAUGAUGUAAACUCGCCAUUUUUGAGAUCUAAAAGUCAUCAAAUAAAACGCAAAAGUAAUAACAAUAAUAAUACCAUAAAUUCAAGGUUUCUAUCAACUGGACAUAACAAUAAUACUCAUGAAGUGGAAGAUGAAGAAAUAUUUGAACUAAAUGCAAAAAUGUUAGAAAAAUUCUACCAUGAGGAGCAUAAAUGGUAUAAAAAAAUUGGAAGUUGGAUAAUACUGAGUAGCGAUGGAAAAGCCAACAAGAAAAGUAACAAUUACAAGUAUGAGAUACGUAGCAUGGUUAUGAACUCUUCGAGAGGUUAA